CCCUUCGUGUGCACCUAGCUCGCUCCUUUCUCCCACCACCUCACACCCACACCCAACCGCCAUCAUGGGUCGCAACAGGCGCAGCCGCACCCCGUCCAACCCCAAGAAGAACCAGGCCACCGACAUCAAGAUGCGCCGGUACAAGCGCGACAUGGACCAGAUCCACGCCGACAUGAAGGACCAGGGCGCAUCUAAGUUCAAGGAGGACCUCGCCAAGAAGGACCUCGAGGACAUCCCAGGCCUCGCCCAGCACACGUGCGUCGCGUGCUGCCGCUACUUUGCCGACGCCGUCUCGCUCGAGACCCACCUCCGCGGCAAGCCCCACAAGCGCCGCCUCAAGAAGCUCGCCGAGGAGCCCUACACGAUCGAGGAGAGCCGCCGCGCCGUCGGCCUCGGCGUCGACAAGGGCGAGUACGGCCGCAAGAAGGAGCAGGAGCUCAAGGACGAGGCCGAGCGCGUCAAGGCGGGCGCGCCAGAGGCGACCAUGGAGGCGUGA